GCCCAGAGAUAGGGCUGCGCCUCCGGGAAAGAGGAGACAGCUGGUGGCUGAGGCCUGUGCGUCUUUCAAACCAUACCCCAACAUGGACAAGAAGCAUUCGAAAGAGUCAGACAACUGCAUUGUGACUGAUGUGACAUCAUCAGACAUGUCUCAGAACCCCAGAAUCUCCUCCCACCCUUGUGAAACCUCCAAGAAACCAUCUGACCCAAAUGUGUCACAGGACUCUGUCCACAGGGACAAGCGGCACCGAGCCACCAUCAGGCUCUGCAAGUCACAGAGCAGCCAGGCUGCCCUGAUGCCCCAGGAGCACAAGAUCUUCAUGGAGGAAGCCUACAAUGAAGCUGUCUGCUUCAAGAUGCUCCGGGAACUGAAUAAUUCAGACCCUCUUCGCUUGAAAUUCAUCAUCAAGAAGAUCAACAACAUGAGUCAUUUGUACCCCAGCUUGGUUCUGAAAACUACUCAUGAUUACUUCGAGGACAACCCAGAGAUUCCCACCAAGCACAAGUUCCGGCUAUUCCAUGUCCUAGAGACUGCCAUCAGAGCCAGCAACUCCCUGCAAGAGAUCUGGGAAAAAAGCUUCAUGCAACUGGCACUAGAUAACAUGACCAAGUCCACGGAACUGGAGGAAGCCUACCAGGAUGCGGCUAGCAACGUGCUGGUAGCCAUCUGCAGACAUUCGUGGCAGGUGGUGGCACAGCAGUUGGAGAUUAAACUCCUGGGAGGUGUCUUUCCACACCGCAGCUUCAUCUAUGUCAUGGGUGUCUUGACCUCUAACGAGAAAAUUCUCAACAAGGAAGCCAAGAAGUGCUGGGAGGAGAAAGUGGCCCAGAUGGUCUGCAAGUCAACUCAUUUCCUGAAUGAGAAGGAGUGGUCCAAGGAACUGCUGUGUAUGCUCACCAAGCCCAACCGGACACACCAGGAACAGUCCCCAGAGAAGGCCUUCCUGUUCAUCUUCUAUGGGUUGAUGCUUCAAGCAGAGAAGAGCAGCACUACGGUCCGAACACACUUGAAGACCCUCUUAGAGACAUCCCACCAGUGGGCCAGACAGAGGGAGGGCAUAGCUCUCACCAUGGGGCUGGCUGCAGCCUGCCAUCUGGACCACGUCUGGGCCGUCCUGGACCAGUUUGGCCGGAGCAAGCCCAUCAAGUGGAGCCUCCACAGCUACUCCCCAAAGAUACCAGGGGACGUGCGAUGGAAAUGGGCCAGCAGCACCAUCCUCCUCGCCUACGGCCAGAUGGCAGCCAAGGCCAAGACCCGAAUCCUCCCCUGGGUGGACAACAUCCUAUCAAGGAUGAUCUUCUACUUCCACUACAGCUCCUGGGAUGAGACCCUGAAGCAGAGCUUCCUCACGGCAGUCCUCAUGCUCGUGGGUGCCAUCAGUCGCAACGAGGGUGCCCACAGCUACGAGUUCUCACAGAUCCCCGAGCUGCUUGACUGCCUGAUAGUGCUGAUGGAGAAGGAGCCCCAGGACACACUGUGCUCAUCAGCCCGCCAGCAAGUCAUCCAGAUCAUCUCCAAGCUCUGCAAUCUCCGGCCGCCCCUGGACUUGGAGAGGAAGUCCCGGCUCCUGUCUACAUGCCUGCGCAGCGUGCUGGCCCUGCCCCUGCUCAGCGCCCUGGAGAAACACACCUGCCUCUUUCUGGAGCCACCCAACAUCCAGGCCCUCUACCAGAUGACCUCAGAUGCCCUGGACCAGAUGCUGCAAAGCUUCAUUGUGCAAAACCCAACGGCCAAGGAGCUGCACUUCCUUCUGUCGCAUUUGUACAUCUGGCUGGCAUCAGAGAAGGCCCACGAGCGGCAGCGGGCUGUGCUCAGCUGUGUGGCGCUCCUUAAAUUCCUAAGUCAGAACCUCUACCUGGACCCUAAAGAGGAUUUCACACGUAUUGGGCAGCUGGUGGGCAUGCUGGGGAUUCUGUGCCAAGACCCCGACAGGACCACCCGCAGCAGCAGCUUGGAAGGGGUGGGCUAUCUCUACCAGCUCCUGAUGCGCCAGAGAGGAAAUGCUUUGAAGGCAGAAGUACAGGCCCCCAAGCAGCCUCCCCAGAAAAGCAUAGACCCCCUUUGGAGCAGCGGGGACCAGAAGGCUGAGCUCCCCACCCCCCAGGAGGCAGCAUCCCAGAAGGACCACCAUGUCUCCCAGCUCCACGGCUCCCAAGUCAUCAAGGAGAUCAUGAAGCAUCUCACUAUGGCGGAGCUGACUGACCUCAUCUGGAUCACAAUUGAUGGCCUGGGUUCCAGCAGCCCCUUCCGAGUGCAAGCGGCCUCUGAGAUGCUGCUGGCCAUCAUCCAGGCUCACGGGGCCUCGCUGAAGAGAGUAGCCGACCUGGGCCGGGCCAUCCACGUGCAGCUCUGCUCUGUCCGCAUCCCCCAGGCCAAGGAAAAAGCCCUGUGUGCCAUCACCCUACUGGCCCAGAGUCACACAUCCGAACUGGUGACCGCCUUUCUGGACUUCUCCAUACCCCUGGACAGUCAUGCUGUACAGUCGUGGAAGGCCCUGGGGGCUGAGCAGUCUGUGAGCCGCCGGGUGCUGGCCAUGCUGCUGGACCACCUGCAGGAGCGGCCGUUGACCACCCUGGAAGGCUAUGACACCAGCGCCUACCCCAAAGAGAAGGCCUACCUGCACUCGAUUGCUGCCAUGAACACCCUGCAAGAGCUGCAGUUCACCCGAGAGUUCAAGAAGGCUGUGCAAGGGGCCUUCCCCAAGCUCUUCCUGGCCCUCCUCACCCAGAUGCACUACAUCCUGGAACUCAACCUGCCCAAGGAAAUGCAGCCCUGCCGGGGGCCCACUGCCUACAGCCCACAGAACACAGCCCUGGAGACACUGAAGAGCCUGCUGUCCAGCACAGGGCUCUGGAAGGUCUUGGCCCACCUGGAGCUUCGGGACACCUGGAAGCUCCUGCUGGCCCUGCACACCUACCCUCAGGGCGUGGGCCUCGUAGCCAGGGCCAUGGUGCAGAACCCCUGUAAACAGAUCAAAGCCGUGCUGGUGCAGCUGCUGCCCAGCCUGCAGAGCAAGGAGCAGAGGCAGAGGCAGGCGGCCAUGGUCAUCCUCACUGAGUUCCUCUAUAGCUCCACCUUGUCUGAGGUGAUCUCCAUACAGGAAGCCCUGACCCUACUGACCCGGAGCCUCCAGGACCCCAGCCCUGAGGUCCGAGUCUGGAGUCUGCAGGGUCUUGGGAACAUCCUCUUCAAUCCAGAGAAGGGGAAGCUGCUCCGCGGACAGCUGCCGGCCUUCCUGAGUGGCUUCUCCCAGAGCAGCGAGUCGGUGGUUGUGCAAAUCAUGAGCACGGUGUCCGAGGUGCUCCACCGCCUGGGCAGACAAGGGGCGGGGGCGCAGAGCCUUGGCGUCGCCAUCCACGCACGUUCCUUCUUCGAUGACGAGCGCGAUGCAAUCCGCGCGGCGGCCAUGGCACUGUUCGGGGACCUGGUGACAGAGACCUCAGUCACAGACAUAAGCGGCCUUCAAGCUCAGGUGUACCAGAGCAUGGUGCCCCUGCUUCUCCACCUGAAAGACAGCUGCCCAGCCGUGGCCACGCAGGCCAAGUUUGCCUUCUACCGCUGCGCCCUGCUGCUGCGCUGGCAUCCACAACAUACCCUCUUCUGCUCACUGGCCUGGGAGCAAGGCCUCAGUGCCCGACACUUCCUCUGGACACACCUGAUGACCCGCAGCCAGGAGGAGUUCAACUUCCACUUGGCGCAGGCCCUUAGCUGCCUGCACAGCCGCCGCCAACACAUCAAGACCUGGGCAGCACUCUUCAUAGGCUACACCAUCUGCUACCACCCCCAGGCCACGCUCCGGUUGGUGAGCGAGGUGGACACGAACCUGCUGUUCUGUACUUUCCAAGAGCUUCAAACAGACCCAGACCCCAGCAUCCGGGCAUUUGCCACCAGGCUCCUCUCCUUCCUCCGGAAGGUGGCAGACACACGGCAACAGUGAAAAAUCCAGCCACCUCCUUCACCCCUUCCUCCCUGCGCCCACAGCUCGGUCAGACCUGCCCAUCUGUUCGUCAGUUCGUCUGUCCAUCCAUCCGUCUGCACAGAACUUAGUUGCGGAACUUUUUUUUUCCAUUUGAAAGAAAGAUCUAGAUUCAACAAAGAA